AUGGCGGCAUCAGGAGGCCAUCUCCUGGUUCCAAAGGCCAUGAGGCUCAUCAGAUACGCUGUCGAGAAGACGGGUCGACUCAUCCGUGACAAACUGCCACAAGCAUCCAAGCCCAUAGAAGCUGAAGCCCAACCUGCCUAUGCCCGCGUCUCUCAACGUCAACCAGCCAGUCGAGUUGCUGGCAUUCGUCAGAGCCAGAGCCGCUGGUACAGCACCAAACAUGCCACCAAUGCCACCAUCAGACACUUCUCCUCUCGGUCCGGAGCCAACGCUUCUCGAGCGUCCUAUCCCUCUUCUCGGACGGGCUCUGCAGUUGCACGAUCGACCGGUCGUGCACCUUUUGCGUCUACUCUUCGGCCAAAUCUCACCGGCGGCACUUUGUGUCGUUCCGCAGGUGGCUAUGGUCUCGGUGGUGGUCGUGUAGGGGGAGCAAGAUACUUCUCACAUUCGCCAGCUGCUCCCGCACAGGUGGUCAACAAUGUCUCGCAGGCCGUUCGAGCGUUUUGGCUGUCAGGCCAAAAAGCCCGAUUUGAUGGUACACACCCUCGCACAGGGGAGAAGCGCUUCCGUGCUAUGUCUAGCCUCCAAGAUGAAGCAAAGCAUAUGAUGGACUCGUCUCCCGUCAAUGCCCCAGGGUCGUUCCUCGACUUCAAGGUUUCCCCCACCAUCACCGCUGUCGGGCCCCUGAGCGGCGUUCCUCGCUCUGCCUGCGCCGAUUCCUGCGAUUAUGAGCUGCACCAUGAUACUCUAAACAAUACCACUUUGAUGUCCAAUCUCUCAGUCGACUUCGCUCGUGCUCUCAAAGACUUGGCCGCCAUAAUGAACGACCUCAAACACCUAGCAGUUCUGGGGGAUCUCCCAAUAUCCCUGGAAAACAAGUCGACUCUAAGAGUCCGCUUCCCAGGCUGUGAUGCAGACACCCUAGAGAAUCUGUGUCGUGAACUGAACAUCAAGCGUGGAAUUGUUGGUCAAGACGAGGAUUUCGACGCUCAUAACGGGACUGAUCUUGCUCUGCUCUUCCCCUUUGCACCAAGCAAGACCGCCAGUGAAGUCUGCAUCGAUUUCCACUACGACAGCAGGGCCACGAAGCGGAUCAAGCGAGACCGCAUUGAAUGGCACGAAAUGCUUUCCCCACCGCCACAGCCGUCAGCAGGCUUUUCGCACGUUUCCGCCACCAGCCAAUCAGCCGAUGCGUUUGAGAUGGUCGGUGAAGCCUUGGGGCAGAAUCCUUGGAUUUCGUCGCCGUCUGGAUAUUCCAGUAUCCACGAGAGUGAGUCGGCAGGGGAUGACGACGCCGCCCUGUAUUUUUUCCAGCCACGCAAUGUUCCUGUGCGGGCCAGUCAGAAAACCUCUGCUGCUGGGAAUGGUUAUGAAGGACUCGAGGGCAUCUAUAGAUUCAUUGAGGAAUGUGACCAGGCACAAUCUUAG